CGGAAAACUGCGUAUAAUCGUAAAUUUUAUGUGGCUAGGAGAACAUCGAACCCACCACCGCCUCAUUCCCCGCUCUUAAAUAUCCGGCCUGCUUUCCACAUUCUAUCACCUAUACCGCAAUCCGCAAGUCACCGAGCAAAGCUUCCGCCUGGUACGCAUCUGAGAGAUCGAUCUGUGCUUCCCGAUCGAAGCGAGAAAAGUAACUCAAAACAAAAUUACAUGGUUGAUAUCGUGGAGGCUCAGAUCCCAACAGCUUUUGAUCCCUUUGCGGAGGCCAAGGAGGAUUCAGGCGCCCCUGGAGCGAAAGAUUAUGUGCAUAUACGAAUCCAACAGAGGAAUGGAAAGAAGAGCCUGACGACGGUGCAAGGGCUGAAAAAGGAAUUCAGCUACAGCAAGAUCCUCAAAGACCUCAAGAAAGAGUUCUGUUGCAACGGCACCAUUGUGGAGGAUACGGAGCUCGGCAAGGUCAUCCAGCUCCAGGGCGAUCAGCGCAAAAACGUCUCUCAUUUCCUCGUCACUGCUGGACUCCUCAAGAAGGAGCAGAUUAAGAUCCAUGGUUUUUAAGCCGCCAUCCCUUUGCCAGACUGCUUGAUUUUGUCGUCCUUGUUUUUGUGUGUAAUAUCGACAGAUUGCAUACCUGCUAUUAUAUUACUUACUACUCGUAUUGUAGCUGUUUACUUGUUUGUUUGAGUGAUUCUGGCUGUGAGUUUGUGCUUUAUCAACAUUUCAUGUCAUGGAGGGGUACAUUGUGAAUUGGAUUUGUAAUCGCAUGCUUUCUUCCUGUUCCAGUAAUAAAUGCGCCUUUCCUAUGAGUCCUUUACUUCUUCUUUGCUCCCCUAAUGUUUAUCUAUGCACACCCACGGGCCACGGCUGUAAUGUUGCUGUCACCAUUGAAGACAGUUGGAUGCUGUGUACGCGGUAAAAGUUGUAUAUGAAGUUGCGACUUUUUUUUAAAUAAUAUUUUGUCAAUAACACAAUUAAACGUUCUGACGGGAGGAAAAGACAACAUUAUUUAUGUGACAGAUACUUCUCUUUUUAGAACUUAUAUGGAUUGUGUUUGAUAUGCUUAUCAUGUUUGAUAUGUUACAAAUAAAAAUUGUUUGUGCACACCUUUAGCACUUAUAGAGUUGUCUGUAUAACCUUUGUCAGACGGGUCCAAGUCCAUAGCCACACAGAAAUAGAGAGCAUUCCUUCUUUCAAUUUGUAUUUCAAGUUCUC